UCUUCUAAGAUGUCCGCGUGCCCGGCCUCUUCCGCAUGGGGCUUCUGUAGUCAAACGGCAACCCCACGGGCUCGGCCUGAGAGAGGUAGGCGCGGCGAAGGCGUCGAGCAGGCAAGAUGCUGAGCCGGCUGCAGGAGCUCCGCAAGGAGGAAGAGACGCUGCUGCGGGUGAAGGCGGCGCUGCACGACCAGCUCAAUCGGCUCAAGGUUGAAGAGCUGGCCCUUCAAUCAAUUAUUAGCUCCAGAGAAGGGGAAGGGAUGACCCAUUCUUCACCUCUAACAGAGGAACCAGAAAAUAUCUUGGUGCAGGUAGAUAAUGAAACUUCCAUCAAUCAAACUGAAUUACAGCUAAGCACAAGAAACCAUGCUCAAGAAGAGGAGGAGGAAGAGGAAGAAUCUGAUUCCUAAAGGAGAAAGGGAAAAAUCAGAAUUAUUUAUCUAAGUUAAUUUAAGAUUCAUGAACUUUCUCUGUUCAAAGAAACCAUUCUAAUACAAUCAUUAUGGCCUGCUAACAGUGAAUGAAAAACUCUCAAAAAAUGCACAACUAAAAUGACACCAUAGCCCACUGAAGCUUCAUAUAAGCUAGUCAAAUUAGAUACAUAUACAUACUAGAGGUAAAAUUCCAUGUGACAUUCUAUUGAAAUACUCAUGUAUUUGCAACCAGAAAAGUUUAAAUGUAAUCCAGCCUUUCAUAUUUUUCUAAUAUAUAUUGGCAAGUAAAGACAUACCAUUUAACUCCCUUAUGCACAGAGCAAGGCCACGUUCUAAGUUCUAGAAUCUAGUAGAUGGAAAGGUAAAGAAGAGAUAUAAUGGGAUUCAGCUUCUCAUAUAGAGAGGGUAAGCUAUUUUAAUGGCACUCUGAGGAACAUAGAAGUACAUGAGAAGUUGCUUGGUGUGGUUGUGAGCAUAUCUUAAUUUGAGUUGCCACAUUGUGGUAAAAUGUGGUCAGUCAAUUUUAGAUAAAAAAUGCUGUCUACAGGAUACCAAAGGAGAAGAGCCAAACCAUGUUCUUGUAGAAUACAUAUUAUAAUAAUAAAAUUUAAUUGUUUUAAAAAUCA